GAUUUCACAUUGGCGGUCUCGUGUCCCCGCCCUCCCCAGCAGCUGUGGAGUCUGUGCUAAGUACGUUGGCCACACGAUCAGUUACGUUCCAAUCCUUGCAGCCUCUACACCAGCUCGUACCUGCGAACGCCAGGCGCCGUGUCACUGCAUACCUGCUCAGUCAUCCGCAAUUCCUGGAUGCAGGCUUGGUUAAGCGCAUAAUGGAGGAGUGGCAUGGCGGCACUUGUCCGGCAAACAGUCAGGGGGUGACCAUCCCAACUUCUGUAGGUGACCUGCGCAUCACAUUGGCCUCGCGAGUUGUUAGACAGUUUGACACUGCUGCUCCUGCAUCCACAUCGGAUGCCAUGUUGGAGACUGCAGCGGAAGGCAAUCUGGAUCCAGCCCCGCGAACAGGCGAGGCUCCCAGCCACAACACGGCUGACCUCCCCGCUCCUCUUGUACCUUCCAGUGAGCUCACGAUGAGCAGCUCGGGACUAGCGGCUGCUACAAGCGUCCGGGACAUCCCUGCCAAUGCUGAGUCGACAAGUGGCCCCUGCCCCCUCUCGUCUCCUUUUGAGGCUGAGGGUAUGCCUUCGCUUGCCCCCUCCACUGAGGAAGUGAGUUCUGUGCUGCCUGUGCCAGCACCCUCACCCUUGCCCCCGGCCAGCAGUGAGGUGUCUGUCCCCUCCUCCACUGUUGCCCCUUCCCCUGACCUUGCCGCGGACGAUGUCGGCCCCGCCCCACCCUGCCCUUCUGAGUCCAGGGCCAGCCCGCUCCCAGCCGUUUCGGCGGGCAUUGCUCCCAUGACCCCUCCGAUGGAUUGCGAGCUUACACCCCAGCUACGGGGUGCUGAGUAUGCUGCCGGGGUUGUCAUUGCGGUACACCGCUCGGUUGCGAGUAAUUGGUCUGACAUCAGCAGAGAUGAGAGGGGUCGUGGCAUCAGCGCUUGUUUGCUGUUAGCCAAUGGUGGGAGGCUGCGGGUGGUAGGACUUUAUGGUCCCACUGGUGGGAAUCUCCCGAACUUUGCGCACUCACCUGACAACCUUGCCGCUGAAACUAGUCUUAAAGCUUUCAUCUCCCAAGAAGAGCGUAAGGCAGCAAUGGCAGGUGACGCCAUGAUAGUGGGGGGGGACUUGAACUCUGUUGUCUCACAGCCCCUGGACACUUGGGAAGGCAGCCACAUUGAUCGUAUUGAUUGUGUUGCCCGCCAUUUGGCAGCCAUGGGUCUCAUGGAUGUGUUCCGGGCGUUCCAUCAGGACAUCAGGGCCUUCACCUUCUUCUCCACCGUAUCUGCCAGUAGGCUUGACAGCAUCUGGUACCUGCCUGCACCAGCUUGGGCUGCAAGCCCCGUGAACUCAUCAAUCUUGUGGCAAUGGUCGCAUCGCACUGAUCAUGAACCCGUUAUGGUGGACUUCACCUUCCAGCUUCCCGUGAUCCAUACCACCCUGCCCAGACCUUCCCCCACAUGGAAAACAAUCACCGGUUUGCUCGGUUCACCGGAUAUGGCGCGAACUUGUCAGCAGGUGCACCGCAAGCUCGAACAACAUAAACUUCGCUUACAACUCAUUUCUGAGCGCUUCACUGAGGCUGAAAUGCUCCUUGAUGCCACGUCUAAACCUCCAUGCGAGGGUGUAGUCGGGUUGUGGGAUGAACUGAUACCUCCGGCGGCUGACGAGGCCAAGCGCCUUAGGGACAUUGUCGACGGCAGCUUUAGUGAACUGCAGGCUAUUCUCCUGUCUUGCUUGCCCGAUGUUGCGGCGGGCGCAUCGCGUAGGAAUGCCAAGGCAUCGGAGGCAUGGCACCACUGCCUACUAGAGCUCAAAAGCAUUAGGCGAUACCUGCAGGACAUUGCCGCCAAUCCACUCAAACAGUUCGUUAUGGAAAAAAUCUCAUUGCAACAGGCUUCUACACUGGCGGCAAAGGCCACUGCGCUUAUGCGGCUUGUGCAGACCAAUUUUCACCACGUAGAGGCCUCAGUGACCUGGGACUCUUUUCGAAGCAACCUCGUUGAGUGGGUGGGCACGCUGGGAGUGCCUGAGUUUCGUCAGUUGCAGUGCGAAGCUGCGUUGAGUAGUGCCUCGCUUACCCGUUUCUCCCGCUCUACUGUAGGUAAUCUCGCGUCGUCUAUGUUGCCGUUCCGUUGGUCUCUAAACAUUGGCGUGACAGACAGACGACACGCUCCGACCUUGAUCGCGCAAGUCACGGAGUGGAUUGACAAUGUCCAUAAACUGUAUUCCAGCUGCACCAACAAGCAGUCGAGAGGCUACUUGCAGGAUCGUCGUCAGCGCCUCCGUGCAGGGGAUGUGAAGGGUUGGGCAAAACUGAUGCGCCCGCUCCCACAGCCUCGGUUGGAGUACCUUCCUGACUGGUGUGUGCGUGAUGAUGGUGUUGCUUACAGGCCCACCACGGUUUCCGAUGUGUUACGGGGUGCCGAGCAGGAAUGGGGGGCACUGCUUCGUGAACCUGCGGAGUCAUGGAGCCAUGAUCUCAUCCGUAGCUACCAGGACUCCACCGGCCGCAUACGCGGUAUGCUUGACUUCAUAUCAGUCAUGUCCUCGCAUGGUAACGAGAACCUUCAUCGUGUAAGCGAUGCACUGCUUUAUCCCGGGCCUUGGCUUUUGUUGUCUUGGCAUCGCCAUCAGCUCCAUAUUUGGACUGAGCACUGUUUGGUUGUUGCCGGUUGGGUUCUCCGCUGGGACGGGUGGGCUUGGGUGGGUUAUCGGCAGGCGCCUUGUUGUGGUGCUAGGUGCAAGAGCUUUUCUGGCGAAGCAUUGACUUUCAAAGACGAGCUGGUAUUGCUAGCUGUGGAUUACGAGAAAUUUUUUAACACAUUGCAGCUUGCAGAAAUCGUUAGCCACUCGCCUGGGCGUCACCUCGCCUAUUUCUGUCUCCCGGGGAGUUACGAGAGAACAGCUCUCAAGGCUACCGAACGUGUUGGUGACCUGCCGGGCAUCUCUGAAACCCUUACCCUGGGUAGUGCUAGCUCUGGUGUCGGAUUCUCAUGGAAGAAAUGUCGAGCUUUUGCUAGCGACUGGGAUGAGAGACAAGAGCAGGCAGGCCCACAAGUCCAACUGCAGGGCUUGCAGCUCCGCAGUUGGGAUAUUUGGAGUGGUGGUUUUAAGCAGGUUGUUAUUCCAAGGGCGCUUCCAGAUGAGGAGGAAGUCCUGCUGGGCAAACGUGGCACUCUGAGGGACAAGCACACCCUCGCGUCCGAGGAUGUCCUCAAAAGCAUUCGAAGUGCAAAACUACGGAUCGCAUCCAAACGAUGCUCUUGGGACGAGGCCUCUGCACUCAUGCAGUGGGUCGUUGGCGGCAUUCUCUCGUAUGCCCCCCUCCUUGGCAUACCCUCGCCUGAGGAGGUACAUGCAGAGGAUCAGGCGUUUCAGCGGCUCCUUCUGCACACUGUAGGCACCCGAUCCACGGCGGAGCGCGCGAGCCUUCUUGCUCCGAGAUCCUCCGGUGGUCUUGGAGCGCCAUGCCUUGUAGAACUCUUGAUUAGCUCGGCUGCUUCUGACGUCCUUUUGCUUCUCAACGGUUCCUCCCAGGUUGCCUUAAUCGCCCGAGAUACCUUGAGACAGGCUAUCGAGUCCCAUCCCGACCAGCUCGACUCCCAUGAAGGUACACUGUUGAGUGCUCUCAAAUUCCUAGCAGGGUAUGGCCUGUACGUUGAAGUUUCCACGGAUCGCAUGGUGGGUAGAAUUCUUGAUUGCAUAGCUGGGGAAAAUGCCUUGUCUCAGCCCUUCACUGUAGCCUUCCAGCCGGCCACCCACGCCAGAGCGCUGGUGUACUGUCGAGUGGGGUUGGCUGCCAACUCCAUCCGACGUGCAUGGCACCGCAUCCGCACUGUAGCUCCUGUGCAGGAGUGGUUUUCAGUUGCGUGUUGGACAGAGCACCUCGAUUUGGCGUGCCCCUUUCCCCCCUCAACCUGCGCCAAUGCGGCUAGAAGAGCCUCAGAGCAAGCGGAGUCAGAUUGGCGAACGGAGUGUGCCAUCUUCCGCCCGGGUAAUGCUUCACCUCCUAUCUCUGAGGAUUGGCCCGUUGAGGCAUGGGAGCGGGCCAACAGUGUUCCAGAUGCUCGCACGGCCUUCUUGAUGGCUCAGGCUUCCUGUCUGCAGCUCGAAGGCUGGGACUACGCAAUGUUUGGGGACGGGGGGCGGGUCUGCCAGAACUGCCCCACGUACUCCUAUCAAGCACGUUCCUUCGGACCUGUGGGGGACUACUGGGGUACCAGCUCUGUUGUUUCGGACCGUCAUGUAGGUUGUUUGCCUUUAAGAGUUGGUUGGGAACAUACUGGGGUACAUGAAGCUGAGCUCGCGGCUAUGCUGGGAUCGCUGCGCUACAGGCGCCAUGGCGAGUGGAUGCUUCUGGUUGCUGAUCGGUCGGCCCUCUUUCAUAUCCUCAACAAAGCCAGUGUGGGCGAUGAGGCUGUGCUAUUGAGGCAGCAUUGCCAGCCAUGGGUUACGCGAUUAUGGCACAUUCUGCGGGAGCGCGCCGCCUCUUGGAAGCCAGGCGUGCCGAUCCCGUCAUGGCGACUUCAACAAAUUGAGCUUCCCUCUGCAUGGAACAUGCAACUCCCGGGUGACGCAGACUCACGCAACAAGUGGUACUCCCGCAUUGCUUUCUCUCGUUUCGGGCUGGUUGGGGUCGACAUCAAGUCACACCAAACGCACACGGCUCUUCCCCAUCCGGUUCUUGCUCAGGGGAAUCAGCAGCAGGAUGAAGGAUGCGCCGUGGCAAGGACGCUCCCCCGGCCAUCGGACAUUCGAAAACCGGCUGGUGGCCCUUUCGUGUAUCUCGUCUGCCAAGGCCAUUCUGUCACUUCGCCAGUCAGGGACUUCCUACGUAAAGCCAUGCGAAAGGAAGCUCUGACUAAGUGGGCCUCUAAGCCUGUUCAAGGGCUGAUUGCGCAUGUAGGCCAAGAGCUCUUUAAACCUUGCCUCAACCCUGAGCUUUACAGGCACUGUCACAUCCCAGCGCCUUGGAAGCGGUGGGCGCUUGCCCAAGACGACAAGUAUGUAGACCUUGCCCCCAUGUUUUUUCGGUGCACGCGAUCCAUCGGUGGCAGUUGGACAGAAAGGCUCCAUUCGGAUGCGGACCUUCAGACCCUGGCGCAGAGGUGGAUCUUGUAUCGUGGGUUGGACAGUGUGCGUACGUGUCCCCUCUGUGGUCGAGGACCAUGCACUCCCAGACAUGUGUUCAUGAGUUGUGAGCACAUGCGCCCCCUAGUGGACGCCCUCAGGGACUCAGUAGAAACAGCUCUGACUGCAAGUCAACCUUCGGACUCUCUUAUCGCGGCAGCGGCUGGCUGGCGUUCGCGGAGCGCCAACUUGCUACCCGGGGUACCGUCCCCGGAGGAUGCUGCCAGGUGGCCCGUUCUCAGUGCUUGGCGCUGGAUGGUUGCUAUCCCAGAGCGGGAAGCUUUUCUUACAGAGGAGCCCAGGGGUAGCUCCCGGGAUAGUAGCCGCAGGGCCAAAGGACAUGAUCUUGCAUAUCGCGGAGUCAUUCCGUUGGCCUUGGGAAAAGCAUUAUGUAGCUUGCAUCACUCUGAAGAUGCGGACCAUCUCCUCCCGCCCGACACUUUUGCUACACUCCGUCAGCCCGGCUUAGCGGCUGAUGAGGUUGCUGCUUCCCGCUCUCGCGCCUCCCGCAUCCAGCCUGCGCUCAUGGUCAACAGCUUGCUGACCCUGUUGGAUAACAUGCAUCCUGCUGGUGAUCCACAAAUGGUCCCCUUCAUGCCAGGGGCCAUUAUUGCCGCCGUGCGGGCGAGCAUGCGCUGCCAGCGCCUGUUAGUUGCUGUUGGCAAUGUGGGGGUGCUAUCCUUCUUCCCGGCCCUCCCCGACCCUGCAGGUGGUGCCACCAUGAAGGUGGGGACCUCGCAUGUAGUGGUUGCGGUCGCAGGUUGCACAAACGGGGGCAGUGUCGUGCUUGGAAUCGUGGGGCCAGCAAGCACUAUCUACCAGGGCCUGAUGAACCACAUGCGCUGUGCCCAGAUUGCAUGUGGGUUUGGCUGCAAGCGUGGAUGGCCUGCCCAAGACGGCAAGGCCUUUCUCACCAUGGUGGAUGGAACCACUUGCAUAGCUCUCCAUGAAUAUGAAUGGGACUAA